UCCUUUCGUGAACUGCAGAUGAUGAAGAGAGCGUCGUUGUGCACGCUUCAAUGCGCCAACCAGUUGUCGUUCUCACUUUUCGGACAGCACCCCAGCAGUGAGUGCUCUUGGUGAUUCCAAUCUCCAUCUUCAUCUUGGGCCUCUGGCUAGGGUUUCUUUCAUGGCCCCCAUCCUCCUCCUCCUCCUCCUCCUGUCUUCUGUAAACCCUUGCCUCCCCCUCGAUAUUCACCCUCAAGACAAAUCCUCUCUUCUCCUUUUCCGCUCGUGGCUCCAUGACCCCUCCCGCUCCUUGUCCUCCUGGCUCCCUUCUAAUCCUAACUGCUCUUCCUGGACUGGCCUUACCUGCCACCCCCUCUCCCGCCGCGUCGUCUCCAUCAACCUCACCUCCCUCCACUUGUCCGGCCAUUUUCACCCUCGCUUCUGCCUCCUCCCUUCUCUCACAUCCCUCAUUUUGUCGCGCAAUCACUUCUCUUCCCCUCUCCCCUGCUUCGGCUCCUUCAGUUCUCUCUCCACCCUUGAUCUCUCUCACAAUCAAUUCCGCGGCGCCAUCCCUCCCUCCUUCCUCCGCCUUUCCCGCCUUUCUCAUCUUAUCUUGCACGGCAAUCCCUCUCUGGGCGGUCCCCUCCCUCUGUGGAUUGGCAACUUCUCUGCUUAUUUGCAAACCCUUGAUUUGGGUUUCAACUCCUUUCGCGGACCGCUUCCGCUCUCCCUUCUUCUCCUCAAAUCCCUCCGCUAUUUGAAUCUCGAAAACAAUCGUCUCUUCGGCACCCUCCCUGAUUUUUACCAGCCUUUGGUCUUUCUCAAUCUUGCUUCCAAUCGCUUUUCAGGUACUUUGCCCUGCUUUGCUGCUUCUGGUGCCUCUCUCGCCGUUUUAAAUUUGUCCAACAAUUCUAUUGUGGGUGGCCUGCCUACCUGUAUUGCUUCCUUACAAGCACUCACUCAUCUAAACUUAUCAUUUAACCACUUGACGUACAAAGUAUCUCCUAGGCUUGUGUUCACCCAGAAGCUCCUCGUUUUGGACUUGAGCCAUAAUGACAUCUCUGGUCCUAUUCCGAGUAAGCUCGCGGACACCACAGACAAAGUGGGCAUUUUUCUUCUUGACCUUUCUCACAAUCAAUUCUCUGGUGAAAUUCCGCUGAAAAUUACGGAACUGAAGAGCUUGCAGGCUUUGUUCCUCUCCCACAAUCAUCUUUCUGGGGAAAUUCCUGCUCGAAUUGGAAAUUUGACUUACCUUCAAGUCAUUGAUCUCUCGCACAACUCUUUGUCUGGUACCAUUCCGUUAAAUAUCGUUGGCUGCUUUCAGCUGCUUGCCUUAAUACUUAACAACAACAACCUCUCUGGUGCAAUUCAACCCGAAUUUGAUGCAUUGGAUAGCUUGAAGAUAUUGGAUAUAAGCAACAAUGGGUUUUCUGGGGAGAUUCCACUCACUCUGGCGGGCUGCAAAUCUCUCGAGAUUGUAGAUUUUAGUUCCAACUAUCUUUCUGGAUCCUUGAAUGAUGCAAUAACCAAAUGGACGAACCUCAGGUAUCUUUCUCUGGCUCAAAAUAAAUUCAGUGGAAAUCUGCCCAGUUGGUUGUUCACCUUCGAAGAAAUAGAAAUGUUGGAUUUCUCUGGGAACAAAUUUUCCGGCUUCAUCCCUGAUAUUAAUUUUAAGGGUGGCUUAUUGUUUAACAAGAUGGGCAUCCCCGUUAGGGAGCCAUUUGGAGCAUCAAGAAAUGUGCAAUUGAAAAUUUCUGUAGUUGUCGCUGAUAGCAAUCAAUCCAGCUUUAAAUAUAUCCUGUCCUCAGUAGUGGGGAUUGAUCUAUACAAUUUGCUUCGCGGGGAGAUUCCCAAGGGUCUGUUUGGACUAGCUGCCUUAGAAUAUCUGAAUUUGUCGUGCAACUUUCUUGAUGGACAGGUCCCAAGUUUGCAGAAAAUGCAGAGUUUAAGAGCCUUGGAUUUGUCACAUAAUUCCCUGUCUGGUCAGAUUCCAGGAAAUAUUUCCAGUCUUCCAGAUCUGACCCUCUUGAAUUUUUCUUUUAACUGUUUUUCUGGGUAUGUACCCCGGAAGCAGGGGUAUGGGAAGUUUCCCGGUGCAUUUGCUGGAAACCCAGAUUUAUGCUUGGAAUCAUCCAGCGGAAGAUGUGAUAAAGCAAGAAAUGCAUCAAUCAAAGGGAAGUCUUUUAAGGAGGAUAUGAUGGAAGGACCAAUAUCUGUGGGGAUUUUCUUUAUAAGUGCCUUUGUUAGUUUUGAUUUUGGUGUUGUUGCUCUCUUCUGUUCACCUCGGGCAAGAAAUUACAUCCUCCAGACCAAAGUUUGAUGUAAUGCCCGUGAUGAUAACAAAUCUUCACCUGUAAAUUCCCUCUCUGUUCUUUCUUUCAA